AUGUCCAAUACGAGGACUGCGCUAACUACAAUCACAGCCAGCCCUCGGGGUCCGGACAUUUCAUCUGCCGUCUCAACCUGUUUAGACAAUUUUACGGAAAAUAAUGACGCCCUUGGAAAGAUGCUGGAGAAACUUGGAAACGGUGCCAACAUCAGUGACAGGACAAAGAAGAUUGCACAUGAUUUAGUCCUCGAGUUGUAUACUAAGUUGGCUACUAGAUGCCAAUUGGGCCUUUACUCUGGCAACCUGCUUUAUCACUUAGUUGAGCAGGUGAACCAGUUUGAGAUGACCUGCGCGCGAGUGAAGUCAAAUCAUAGAAAAUUGCUUCGAGUCCAUCGUGAAGACGAGGCGGCCAGAAAUUUCAUGAUUGAUAGGAUUGCUGAAUUACAGAACAUCCUUGCCGCCACCAGAGAGGCUUCCCUCUAUUGGAAGUUUAUGUACGAGUUGAAUCAAUUUGAGUACAAUCUCGCAGAGGCCCUUGAUGAAAGAAAAAUUUGGCGCAGUUCCAAGGCCUAUGAUACACAGUGGAUUGCUGAAAUUGCUGGACCCCUACAAACAGCCUUGCAGCCCAUUUACGCCGCAAUUGUCCCCUCCCUGAUCGAGGACGGCAUGAAAAUGGCCAUUAACUUGCCAAAACCGGAAGAUCACGGCAUGGCCACUUACGCGACAGCCCUUGAACGCAUUGCACAGCGUUGCUACGAGGAGGGCUUCUACACCGAAGCUGAAACUCUUAUGAAUGCCGCACAAGUCAUACGAAAGGAUGUAUAUGGCCCAAAUAACCCCAUAAUAGCCUGCGGUCUAACCUGUCUGGCUCUUAUUUAUGGAAAAAUGAAGAACUUUGAAAAAGCCAUCAAGACAAACGCAGAAUCGAUGGCUAUUUGGGAAAAAUGUCAGCUCGAUGAUGGUCUGGUGGCAAAAAAUUACCUUCAGGCGGGUAACAUGCUUCUUAGCUGGGGCAAGGAAGAAGAUGGCGUAAGAGCACUAAAAAUGGCCCUAUCUAGAGCCAGCGACGGACUGCCUCUAACAGGUGACAUUUGGGACAAGUGUGCCGUCCGCUUGGCACGCGCCUGUAAUGAGGCUGAAAAACCGGAUGAUGCCAUAAACCUGGGCUGCAAGAUCAUUGAGGCCUUUCACGAGAAGACCUUCGGGAUUCCAAAUGAUACCUCCCCCGUCAUAUACGACGUAGCCCUGGCUAUGCAGAAGGUGGUUACUAAGGCGGAAGGCAAAAAGAGCCAGGAAGAUGCAGCUGCCAUGACGCAGGCUCUGGCAAAACUUAACGCUAAAUUGCCCCCGGCGGUUGCACUUCCAACCACCGUGCAGGACGCCCUCAAAGAGGUUGCUGUCGCACAUGCUACCUGCUACCGCUUCAAGGCGGCGACUGUGCUGAAGGAUUAUCUAGAAGAGUGUAAGCCAGUGCGCUUGCUGGAGACAUCAUCUUCGGCACCCCGACGAAUGACUGUGAUAGGACGUAAGUCCGUCUAUCGAUAGGAAGACAGGGGAGAGGUCCACGAAACUAAAGACUGUGUACAUUAACAUCGAUCCUCAUCUCAAGUUGCAUGAAACCUCCCAUCCCACCGUCUCCAACAACACAACUGAAAGUACGGGAUGGGUACAAUGCAAUUUUCAGAAGAUGCUGGAAGUCAGUCUAAUCUCGUGCCAACACCUGCGGGACUUAAAAACUGCGUGCUUUGAGGAAUUUUGCGGGUCCCCAUGAAAUUAGCGAACUCUACCUGGUACCACGAUGGUCAUAUACCUGCCGAACCCCAGUGUUUUGUUUUUUUACAAAUGCAGCUAUUUUCUCGCAGAAAUGUCUGUUUGCUCUGGAAAAGAUGCACUGAGACGAAAAUAAAAACGGGCUUGAGAAGGUUUAUAGAAAUGUGUAGUUAAAGUUGAAUGCGAAAAUUCGGUGAGCGAUUUCGAAAGAAGGAGAGUGACUUACAAUUCUAUUGCAAGAAAUGUUAUUUCAGACAAGGGCUGAAUUCUUUUCGUUAUACACUACCACUACUGAUAGUGCCAUUGGAAAUAUAUUUGCCAUUAUCUUCACUACUGCCGUAAUAACAAUCGAACUGGUAUCGAUUUAGUAUCAAGGUCGGAGAUGACUGCCGUAAAGUCUGCAUCGAACUGAAUUAACCAAUUACAUCACGCGCACUUCUGGCGCGGAUAAAUGACAGGAUUCUGAGACUUACAUACGGCAAAUCAAAUGCCAGUCUUGAAAAGAUUCGAAAGUCGAAUCGCGACUCGCGUUUCAUUGUCAGGAGGACGCUUAGUCGAACCUGAUAUGGCCGUGAUCAUCCCUCAUCUAGCCAGCCAUAUGCUGCGGAUAUAGAGAGUUCAAUUCACUGCCAUCUCCUGGGCAGAAAGCCGAAGAUCGGUCUAAAAGCCAGCACCGGAUCUUGCGGGAUUACGUCGGGCCGGUUUUUUGGCAGAUCCCUCGCCGGCUCCCUUUAGUGAGCGGUGUCAAAGAUGAAUCCGCAGUACAGGACUCCUUGAGUGGGGAUGAGGAAAGUGUCUCAAAAACUUCAACUGCAUCUCUUGGGUGGCUCGAGAAAUUCUUGCAGUAUAUGAGGGAGCGCGAACCGUCUCAUUCGAGACAAAGUCAAGAUGCUUAAUUACAUCUACAGUAAUAAUUACUGUAGUGUUUACGUUAAUGCUACUGCGACCGCUCUACUGUUACUAUUAGCAUAACUAUGACUUUUACUUUGAUCAUUACUGCCCCACUACUACAACAGAGUAACGCUACUACCAAUGCCCAACUGACAACUCUAACCGUUGCCGAAAGGGUUGGGUUCAGUGACAGUGGCUCGAGCAUGCAUUUGUUUAAAGUGAAACAGACUAUCGCAACAUCUGCUACACUUUCCUACGUCCCUCCUACCGUGAUCCGAUAACAGAACAAAGUCGAGGCGACCGAAAGUGGGUGCUAACACGGUGGCUGAACAUGCCGCCGGUGGUUGACACACUGGAUGUGGCUUCCACUCUAUAUAUAUACAGUUAGGUCUAGUCGCAUACGUUCGCUUCUGACCUCUCACGGAUGACCGCUCUCAGCGAAGCCUUACGGUCUCAGCCACCAACCAUGUUCACAGACAAUCUGAAAUAUCCAGACUAGGCUGCACCUUAAGUGCUUCUAAGGUAAGGAAAAACAAGCCAAGCCCUUUCGACCUGUCCUUGUGCCAUGAAACCGUAAGACCAUCGACCAUCUUCGUUGAUCUGCGCUGGUACUUGCAGCUACUACUUACACCUGAGGAUAUGUGCAAGGGUUUUUUGUGUGCCCAAAGUACCCUGAUGUUAGGCCUGCAGGCGAAAAUAUCACGCAGUUAUUCCAGUGAGAUCUACAGUCAUGUGGGACGCAAGCAGAAACGUACAGUUAGUGACCUAACUCAUGAAAUGUGUCGAAAUUUACGAAUGAUUGCCAAUCACCCGCAAUCCGACAUCGUUUCAUGAGUCCAAUGUCUAUGUUAAGUAAGUAUAUGUUUUAAAGAAUUAAAAACAUAAAAGAAAUACUAAAGGUAGUGUUGCGUUGUUUAGAAAUGCCGAAGUAUUUUGAAAAGCGCAAUAUCCCGAAAACGUCAGAAAUGGCUCUAAUAUAGGAAACUUCGUUUUUAGAUUAUAGGAUGUAUUUUCAUACCAAAAACGUCAUAAAUAUGAAAGCAGAAAUAAAAUAACAUCUAAUAAUAAUGUUUCAGUGAAGUUUACAUUUAAAUGUUGUUUAAUAAUUAGUGUGAUUUCAUCUAUGACGGUUUGUUGACUGCCUACAUUCUGAGUGUGGAUGUGAAAACAGUUUUUCAGGGAUUCGUGUUAUCCUUGACUCGUUUGAGUUAAGUGAAAUGGGGUUCAAAAAGAGAAACUGGAUUUUGCUUGAUUUCACCGUCGUAGGAACAAAAGUCUUCAUAUGGUGACAUGCUAUGAGGCCGGUCGGUGCCUAAUAAAUUUAAAUAAAAUUGACAGGCGUGAUCGUAACCAUACCAUUUUGUGUUUAUAGAGAGAACUUUUCUUCCGUUAAAUUAAUUUCUACUUUUCGUUCGUUUUGGAUUACGUUGAGUUUCAGAUCGGCCUAUAAAUGUUGCUGAAUACUUCGUGAUUGUCAGUGUUUUUACCCGAUCGUCCAUAAAGACAGAUUCUCAAUUACCUGUCUGUUGAGAACUUUAAAAUAAGAUUAUUCUUAAAAGCGUUUACCGAAUUAGUGAGUGUUCGGGGCGCUCCUUUUCACGAAGAUGGUCGUCUGGAUCACAUUUGAAGACCCAUUUAAACAUCAAACUUCAUUUUCGAGAAAAAUGACUGUCCACAACGAAAGUCAGCGACGACUAUGCCUUCGAUCAAUAAGAAAACUUUCCUUAAUAAGUUACCUCUUUAAGAAGUGCUUUAUUACUGCACUCCGUUGACGGAUCACUGUGUACUUUGCAUUUUUUGCACGGUGAGACCAAGUAAAAAUUUGACACUUUUGACCGUUUCUCUCACGUUCCUAAACAAUAUUGUUUUUUCUACCGUAAACGUAAGAACAUGCCUUCCUCCAUACCUUGAGACCAUUUCCCGUUUUUGCUCGCUUUUAGACUCCCUUCUUCGAUUGCAAUCGAAUGUGAAUGCACGGCAGAGCGCCCAUAUAGAUACUGAUGUUUUGCUGAAACUAUUAAUGUUUUGCUCGUUUUAUUUCUGAAUAUGGCAUGCACAGAAACUGAACCGCACGGCAACUAGUGUUUCAUAUGUUCCAAACUGGAAAUGACCGUUUGGUGGUGAUCAAUUAUGUGACAUCAGGUAGAAUUUUCCCAACGGCAUAACUAUUUCAGCCUAUUUAAACAAAGGGAAUCUCUAUCUACGUUAUUGCUGUACUUCAGGGCACCAAAUCACACAGAUCUGCUAAAUUAACACUGAGGAAUUGAUAAAAUCUCUGGUUUUCUUAGAAUAACCUUUAGGUUGGCAGGUUGAUUACCACAGUUGACAUCGAACAUAAAAUAAAUUUUAAAGUUCGGCUAAAUCCGUUUAUUAAAACUUUCGCGGGUAAACUACUAUCGUUUCAAUAAAAGUCGCCCAGAUGCGUAAUUGGAGUCUAGGUCAUGGGACAACGUUCAUUUUCGCUAAAAUUUACAGAUAGUUUACUUGAUAAAAUUAUUUAAACACGAUUUCUGCACAAGAAAAGGACAUUCCAUUGAAGGAUGUGGAUGAGCGAACAAAAUGCGCAACGUUAAAGACGUCCAGAAAUUCUCGCAUCACUUUCCGUUAUCAGAUUUCAUGAGAUAGGUCACGUACUGCAUAUAAGACUAAACCACAUGACAGGCUUCCCACUUGAUCGAGAUGUGCAUGUUCUUACGUGCGACGAUUCGUCCGACACACACCGGCUCUGGGAAAGUGCUGCACGCUUCAGAAGGGAGGCAUGACGCGUCAUGGGGAGGUAGCACGUAUGCGGCUGUGUGGAAAAUGCUCAUAUGUGCGUCAUGGACGUGAUGCAUGCAGGCAGAGCGGAGCUUUGCGGUAGGCUGUGAAGUAGUUCAUUUUACUGUAAACUUCCACGGGACAACGGUAGGUUGUGUAAUCCUACCAUGCAACCAGUAACCCCAUAGGCCAGUGCAAUACGGGAAUGGUGGUAAUAGGGGGUUUUACUGAUGAGACAUCAGUAUCAUCCACGGGGAACGAAAUGAAGGCGGUAAAGCAUAGAAAACAAAUGGAUUUUCAUUGAAAUUCUACCCCUACGCUUAUGUAUAGCAGCGGAGUUGAGUAUGUCACUUAGGAAAUAACCAAAACCCAUUCCCAAUAAAUAGAACGCAUUUGAAUAAACCGCCACUCGCAAAUUUGAAGCAGGUCAGGAACCAACAGGAAAGAACAACAGCAGGCGCCUAUCGGAGCAGACUGAAGCGGUAGCUCCAGGACGAAGGGCCGACGUCGGGUCGUGUAAUAGCGGUCUCCGUAGACUAGGCUCAAUGGUGUCUGUCCUUUGGCUUAGACAGCUUUGGUCUGAAGCAAGCGCGGAAAUGUUCCUGCCGCAUGAUCCGAAAGCACAUUCGGUGCAACAGGUACCUGAAGGACUCCUUCCUUAAGGCAAUUUAAAGUCCACUUUUAAGUGAAUUUUCGUGCAUAAACUCAAAUAAAUUUAGCGGUCAUAUUACUGGUUAUACGAGGGACUAGGCACGAGUAUUUUUAAAGAGAUAAGUAAGUCAUGGCGUACGCGUUCGGGAAGAGAAACCGUUUGGGGGUUCAGGGAUGACAAGCAUUCGUGUCCUAACCGAGACACUGUAAGUCAAAAUGCAGCCGAUGACCCUUCCAGCGCUCGCCGUAGGGCGAUUACCGACAUGGCGUAAAAAGGUUAAACUAGUGGUUUCGAGAAGGUUAAUAAAUCACGACGUUUGUGAUCGACAGCAAAAGGCAGCGCAAGUACUUUAAUAAAUGUUGUAGUUAGUUAUAAGUAUUAAACCCAGGGGGCUACGCAACCUUAUCCUUACCUUUCACAGAUUAACAUAUGGCCGAGCACCUCCGUGCGAUGGACGAAUAUCCUUGGGGAGUGUUGUCACUUUGGACUUUUGUGACGGGUGAAUGCCGGUGCCUUAUGUACUGGUUCACCGGUCUCACCGAGAUGGACACGCAGGCGACCGGGGAGGCCAAUAAACGAUUCAACUGUACGCUCUCAAUGGGGUCAGGUUGGAAUUGUUUCGACAUUGCUAAUAAGGGCAACUGAAACGAUAUCUUGCAGGAGGGUAGGAGUUUCCACACUGGAGAUGUUAGUGGUGACGAGAGUAAUGGUAUAUUGUCAUACGAGAUGGGUUUGCAUGUGUUAGCAUUGCACCGAGUCCGUAAAUGUCCAGAAAGGCCGAUUCAUGUUCCGAGAGUGCAUUGACAGCAUGGAGACAAUGACAGGGUUGGAUGCUUGCGUCAUUGGUCCGUAGCGCUUGGGACGCAUAGGCUUCUAUUUCUUGCCUUGACAGCGGAUAUUCAGUCGACUUCGAAAACGGCUAUUGCCGCCUUUACGGCAAUAUGUCAUGCCUGUCCAUCUUGAGUGAGGCUUUUCCAGGUUUCAAGGUUGAUUUACAGAUGAUUGAGUUAGGUUUUCAGGGUGUCCUUGUAGCGACGUUUUGGUUUGUCGCGCCGUAGCGUCUUAUUUGCCAGCAGUGUGUCUAUGACAAAUAAGUGUUACCAACGAAGACAAAGUUGCAAAAACAAUCGAAGCGAAGUCCAGGGUCCCCAGUCACAAGUAUCUUAGAAUAAAGGCUAAUAGCCAGUCUAUCAAGAACGCUUUCCGGAGGAUGUGUGGAGACGUUGCUCCAGUUAAUAACCAAUAGUGUCCUGCAAAAUCUCAUGAGUGCGGACAUGAAGUCUAUUUCACCUUGUCUGCUUAAAAAAGGCAGAUGCUGUUUCAAUGUAUAUUCUCAUGAAGUGCAAAACUAUAGCUUGACAAAAACCACAGUCUGAGCCCCUCUCACUGCAAUGGGAAAUUACUAUUUUGAUUCUACAAUAACCGUUGGUUUUAAGUCAAGACACUGAGAGUUUUACGAAAUCGGCCUAUUUCAGAGGUUGUUUUGUGAUUCCAAUAUAAGAAGUACGAAUGACAGCUUGGCCGCCGCGACCGACGAUGUCCAUCGUGUGUUCCACAGCAGGAUACGAACAGGAAUGGAGACUUGAGCGUAAGUUAAUUUAUAGUGAUAGCAGACUUGUGCUGCAUUCACCGCACUCUCCCCUCCUCUCCCACCUGUGUUCUGAUGUCAAGAGAGAAGACUGGAGGCGGGAGAGGGCGUCGGUCGCUAAUACGACGAAAACCUGCACUUAGACGUACUAUCACAUGGUAUGUUAUUAUCGACAAAGACAAGGGAGACUGGAAUGGCCAUUUCUGGUUUAGUAGCCGUCGUCAGUCAGUCAUACCCAACCCCGAAGUGUGGAACAUCCGAGGCUCGAACUCGCGACCUGUUAGUUAGAAGUCUACGCCUCUAAGCACUGACUGACGACGAUGGACAUUCCAGUCUCCCUUGUCUUUGUCGGUAAUAAAAUACUGCCUAUAUCAUGCGCCGCUGUGCGGCUGCUGGUUGGGCUCAAGAGAGAGAGCCUGUAAGGCACAACGGAACGAGUGAGUUCCGUAAGAACGAUCGGUGAGCGCCCCCCCAACAUUGUACUAUCACACCCCUGGUCCACAUCAGACACUAACCAGGAUUUUUCGCUACAAGAACAAUAAGGGGGGCGCCACAGUUCCCAGUGGGCGCACCUGCACCUGGGCGCGCCAGGUACGCAUUCCUGAUAACCCCUCUGCCGGAUCCCCAUCUAGUCCCCGAGCUGAUCCAGCGCGCCAACCACGUGGCCUGUUUUAGGGAUACAAGAAACACGAAUACCAUGAGGGAAUUUCACUUACUCCGCGUGAGACAAGGGUCUUGUCUGUAAGAAUGUAGUCCAGCAUCCUGAUUUCACAUUUACAUUCCCCUACCUCUUGUGAUAAAACAUACAUAUACCAAAACAGAAGAGUAGCAGACCUCCUCUUAGCUCAAGUUUGCGACAAAUUCCCUCGAUGACUGUAGGAGUUGGCGCCCUCAAACGAGUCUGGUAAAGGGCAUAUUGAGCGGAUCCCUCCUGGCCUACAUUAUGAGUGGCCAAUUCCCUUUCAUGCAUCUGCGGUGUCUGACUGACUGGUUGUCUUCGAUAACAGCGACUUCAAUGUACUUCUGAACUACGAGAAGAGAAAAGAGGUAUGAUGUCGUGGAAGGGGUACUUUCACUGAAUGCUAAGCCAGUAACCCUGGGAAUUUACUGUUAGUGUCUAAUUCUUACGUCCAAAAGGCAGCGCAAGUACUUCAAUAAAUGUUGUAGUUAGUUAUAAGUAUUAAACCCAGGGGGCUACGCAACCUAUCCUUACCUUUCACAGAUUAACAUAUGGCCGCAGAAUGAUAAAAUCCCUCUCCCAACCGGUACCAGUGACACCUUUCCGUCUACGUUGUGCCCCAUUUGAGGGACAGUUAAGGCGCGCUGGUCCGCUUUGCGGCUAUUGCCACUCCUCAGUUCAACUGAUCAUGCUUUCGUCUUUUAAACUGUUUGCGUCACGCAACGGGUCUUGAUCAUGCCUAAGCUAUAAAGGAAAACCCCACUUAAACUAGUGACAUUAGUUUUAGAGAAAAUACAAAUAUUUGCAUUGAUCAGUGGUCUCAGAGUGACAACUCGUUUGUCUUAUUCGCAUUGCAACAAAUUAAAUAAAAAAUAAAGUUAAACUUAAAUACCACUUUUCACCUAAACAAGUUGCUUUUAAAAAGAGUGAGAUAUCUACAAGAUAAAGGAGCACCUGUAGUAAAAGUUGUAAGAAAUGAGACUUUAAAAAUCUGCACAUGUAGAAUUUCUUAAAAACGCGAGACAGUGUGUUUAGCGCGUCACUCAUGCUGCUAUGAGCGCGAAUUCAGACUAUUUGAAAAAGUGCAAGGACUAGCCCCUUCCACUCACUGAUAUUGUAGUAGCAGAACGGUACAGCUCUCACUCGAAAAUAUUUGCUUACCGCCCCAUCUGUCCCUUUUUUAUAGCCUCAACAUUGUUUCAGCCGGGUUGUCAACGCGUUAGUAGUCCGAGGUAGCAUGCGAAUGGUUCAGUCGGGAAACGACUCAGAGGUAGCGGCGUUGAUGUCAGCGUAACCAGCAGUCUCAUCGACCUCGACUGCACUCGGGAACGGAGUCUGAGAAAAAAAGCGGCAAAGACUCCCUGAUCGCCAUCGAAAGGACAAGGGACCUAUGGCUCAGGAGUAGGGCGUCGAACUUAACAUCCCUCGAUGAUGAAUGAGCGUGGGUUUGAAGCUCAGGUCCCGCAAACUUGGGUUUGAGUAAAACUGGCUGGCGAGGGCCAAUAAUUCAGAUGGCCAUCCCGGUCUUUGGCAGUAUUCUACGUUUGAAUAUCUGCCUAGUCGCUUUAUCAUUGUCUUUGAGGUCUGUGCAGUGAGCGCCUCUCCGUGUCCCGCCUUCCUCGAAUAACGCCACCUCAAUUAUAUCUGCCGAAACCUCCAGAACAACGACCACUACAACCAGCCCUACGACUCAUGCUACCGACCCAGACGCUCUUGGUCCCGUCAACCACCACUCUCACCAUCAUAACCCCCAUUUCCAGCGUUGUGGACUCUUUCCCAACCUGUCCUCAUUACGACCGCAUAUUCACCUCACGAAUAUUCCUGGUCGGUCGCUUGCGAAUGCAUCGCACAGGGACUGGGGAACUAACAGUUCGACCGUCGUGCACGACGAUGUCCACCGUGUGUUCCACAGCAAGGUGAAGCAGGCACGGUGACUUGCGCGUGGGGUAGUUUAUAGUGAGUGUAGACUUGCGCUGUAUCCACCACACUCUCUCCUCCCCAACUAAACUCAGUGUCAAGACAUAGUCAAGAAGAAUGUAAGUGAGGGAGGGCGCAGGUGGCUGACGCAGCUGAGCCCUCAGUUAAGCGUACUUCCACACCUCCUGAUCCAUAACGAACGCUUGAGCAGGAUUUUAACCAAUAACGACGGCACCGAAACAGGUCAGAAGGAUGAGAAUGACUGGGCAGCCAUGCUUACGACCUGUACACACAGCGGGAGGGUGACCGCAUCUACCGGCAGGGAACCAGGUGUCAGAACAUACCAGGCUGCAAGGGCCAUGGUCUGCAGACCCUGGAACACCAGCAUUCACCAGACGCCAUCGUCUCAACUGUCAGUAUUGCUCUCGCACAUUCAGCCACCGCAUAGGCCUAUUCGGCCACAUGCACAGUUGCGAUGAGAUUGCUUGUUAGUCCGGAACCGAGUCGUUAAUUGCAUUGCUGGUCGACUGGGGGCCGAAGAACCAUGACUAAAGUCAUGAGGACAAAGAAACCACUGCUACGGCAUGGGACGUCUGAAAUCGUCUAUCGGAUCUGAUGCAAUUACGGACAAAUUCACUACAAUGGAGAGGAUGGGAGGUCACUCUGGAUACGAAUAGGCAAAUAUGAAGUGGCGGCGAGAAUAAAUGACGCUAGCUCUCAAAUCGCUACUUAUUCGAAGGGAUCCGGUCACACCCUAGAGUUUGACAAGACCGAAAUUCUCACCGGAUGCGACAACCGCGUGAGUCUCGAGCUUCUUAAGUCAUAGUUCUCCAGUUCCCAAUAAAUUAACAAACGAACCGAACUCCGAACCGAACCUGGGCAGACUAAUUAGCUAUGCGGGGAAGCGCGGUGAUCAACUAUUCCAGUAGCAACGAUCCAAAUGGCCGAGUAAUUAUCACAUCAAGAACCUACGACGACGAUUACAUUUCGGCAAUUAAACACUGAUUUUGGACCAACAAGCUAUCACGAAACAAUUACGGGCCCUGACGAUGAUUACGGAGCUGCCACUCGUAUUAGGCAUGUGGUAGCAUGGCAACUGCGGUGUAUAAAUACUGCACUUGUUGUGCUCCUAACACCUUUGUCUGCGGCCGUCUCAGAUGAUGUGCUCGAGUGGGAAUCUGGAACUUCAGGUCACUAAAUCUCUUGUUCCAGUGAUCCUAUUUUCUUCUGGAGCCAUAAUAGUUGUGAAGCAACAGUUAUGCAUUAGCAGUUACUAAGAUUUCGGCUCGAAUGCCGACGAACUCAAUCUUGACGUAAGUAAAAGACUUUUAGGACAAGAAACAACCAGCAUCCCCAUCUCAGCUUUCUGAGGAGAGCUGCUUGUGGGAACACCCAAAUUAGUGGCCUUCCCUCGAUGUAGUGUUCAAGUGACUGGCGUAGGGCCUACGAGAAAUGACCUUGUACUCCCAGGAGACACUAGUCAUCUAGCAGUACUUAGCUUUGUACACCUGGUGACCCCACCAUCACUAGUACUAGAUAAUAUUUUGCGAAAUGCGUGCUCUAAACUGCUCACAAACCUCAUCUAUACGCAUCUACCUCCCCAUCUCCGUCCUAGUCAACCAUUCAGUCCUCGGAAGCCGAUAAAGGAAAUGCAACCCCUCAGAACCGUCCACUGUCGCAGCGUUGAAGACUCCACGGUUACUUCAUCCACAGGUACUCGUCCUCGGUCCCAACUGCAUCCAAUCAACGUCUCUCCGCCAAUGAGCAGCGGCGAGGACAGAAGGUGCGGACUGUCUGAGACCGUCGAUGGAUUUGCAGACGACUGGCCGGCUACCGGAUUACUGGGAAGGUUUGCUGACAAGGAAAAUGAUGAGUAAACGUGUGGGAACUAUAUUCCGACCUUUAACCUCCACCCCGACGCAAUUUUCCGUUCUGACCGUUGUCUGAAUGACCUGAAAAUCAGGAAUAAAACAAUCCUGCUCUGGUUCAUCAGCAGAAUUUUGCCUCAACGUGGACUUCCUCAUCGACUUCACCGUCAGACUCGACCCAGAACACCGACAGGGACAUGGACUUGAAAGACUGAGAUAAGAUAAGCCCCUUACGCUCAUUAGCUGUCGUCCGCCGGCCCUAGUUGUAGGAAGAACUGUGAUUUUAACCAAAGUUGAGGAAAAUUCAGUUCCAAAGUUUUACCACCAAGCUAUGCGCCCAGACUCUGUUUGCUUACAGGACGGAAUUGGGACGGCUAACUAGGCCCAUAAGCUCCACGUCGGAGCCCUCUGUUAGUCUGCUGCUGUCGAUGAGGGCAAUCACUGUCCCAAGGGUCCAACGUCGAAUUUCAGGUAAAUUAGUUUAGGGUGAGCGAUAACUACCCUGUGUCUACCCUACUCUACCUUACCACAGUAGCCACAACUCAAUGUCGUGUGACUGGUGGUUGUGUUGGCGCGAUCCAACCUGCUUUCGCAGUCACGAGCAACUCUGGUUACAUUUAUCGCCUUGAUUCAGUUCAUAAGCCUCGUCUGUCGAACGUCGCGCCACUCCUGACUCAACCCAUCAUCGUGAGGCCGAUCGAUAACUUGCUUUUUGCUUAUUGGCUCCGCUUGGCGACCACAGUUUAGGCUUUCCCUCACAUCUCACGCAGUCUGCACGACGACUAUAGCUGACUGAGCAUGUUAGGACAGUUUACGCUGGUCUCUGAGGUUCUUUUACGCUCUCCACCACAUUUAAGAUCGUCCUGCCAAUUCGAUCCCCCUUAACUGCAGUAUGGGAUGGUGCCAGCUGUCACACACAGGCGGGCCCAGUGGUCAGCAUGGAUGAAUCUACAGUAGGUGGACUGACUCAUAAAAUGUCAACCGAAAUUCCGAAAUGUGUCUUCGUUUCGAAAAGGUUAAUUAAUUAGGGUUGUAAACCUAGUCAGCCUGCAGCAUAAUUCUACAAUAUUUCAGUUACCUCAGGGUGCCGGCUUUCGAACGAACUUCUGCUCAGGUUAGCAAAAGUAAGAGAUCCGGGUCGGUAAUCUGAGGAGAAUGAAUUGCUCACCGGAUCGGGGGACUUUUCUGGCUGACGUUUCGAAGAGCUGGGGCUGCUCUCCAUUGUCAAAGCGUCAAGUGAAAAAAUCGAUCAGCAUUUUUGAAUAGACGAAGACAAGACAAUCAUACGGAGCCUAAGAAUGCCGAGCAAACACGGCCUGUCGACCACUUCACCCAAAAGGGGAACGCAAACGCAACCAACCCCAAUUGAGGUGACGACACGUAUUACAGGAGGCCACCAACAUUCACAGGCGACGGCCAGUAGGCCGAGGCAGAGAAGGAAGAAAAAAAUCGAUCAGCCCAGGGCCAACUAAAGCGGCAGUCUAUUCAAAAAUGCUGAUCGAUUUUUUCACUUGACGCUUUGACAAUGGAGAGCAGCCCCAGCUCUUCGAAACGUCAGCCAGAAAAGUCCCCCGAUCCGGUGAGCAAUUCAUUCUCCUCAGAACGAACUUCCUUCCAGCUGCAUGCAAAAACUAUGUAAAAAAUGACUACUUAUGUAGCAUGGUUUCUUCUCUCUGAUUUUUGGUGCCCCUAAUAGUCCAAUUAUAUUUAAUAGAAAACAUGUAUAAAAAUAUUCAUUCUUUUGCUCAUUCAGUAGAUAAUUACGUCUUCCUCUAAUUUGAUACUCGAAUGAGGGACAUAAUUCGGCUUUACAAAUUUUUCCAAUUUUAGAAUAAUUUUGAACCCGCUCUACCGUCACAUUUGUAUUCAGGGUUUCCAAACUACAGACCGUAUAUUUUGUGCGUGCGGAAAACCACACAUUUCAAUACGGUAAUAAAGGGAACAAUAUAGGGUUCAUAAAAUUUAGCAGUGGAUUUGAUAAAUAUUAUUAACGUUACAAGCCACAUUGGUAAAUGCAGAGACAUGAUUUAUGAACGGCCAUUUCACGGUAUUUAAAAGUCCCACGAUUAGAAACUUUUAAAAAACCGAAUUAUGUCCCUCCUUCGAGUAUAACAUUGGAAGAAGACGUAAUUUUCUACCGAAUGGGAAAAGAAUGAAUACUUUUAUGCAUGGUUUCCAUAAAACAUAAUCGGACCUUCAGGGGCAUCCAAAAUCAACGAGCAAAAUCAUGUUACUUGGGUAGUCAUUUUUGCAGAGUGCAGUUUUUGCAUGCAGCCGGAAAGAAGUUCGUUCGAAAGCCGGAAUCCUGAGGUAACUGAAAUAUUGUAGAAUUAUGUUGCAGGCUGACUAAUUUUACAACGUUACUUAAUCUUUUCGAAACGAAAACACAUUUCGGAAUUUCGGUUGACAUUUCAAGAGUUAGCCCAUCUACUAUAUGUCAAUGCAUGUCACGCAGAUGCUAUUCCGCAAACUCACAGGAGCAAAGCCCUAAUACAUCCCACAAAGGCCACAUUGUGAGGGAGCAAUCGCAGCCUGACCCUAAAACUACAGGAUCGAGUUAUCUUUCAAACUGCGUUUUUUGACCUGUCAAGAUAGUCAAUAACCUGUCGGAUUUGCUGUAGUGAGAAGAAAGGGUGCUUCAACCGCGACUAAUGGGCCUCAUGCUCUCUUUUCUUUCCCUGCAGAAUCCGGCGACGUGUCCGGGUCAGGCACACUCUAGAUGGUAUUAGACGCAGAAGCAGUCUAAAGCGUGUCGCUGGCCGUAAUAUAUCCGUUUCGGUCUAAUGAUACGGCACAACCCGGUUUUGGGGUCAUGCUAAGGUUAUUACGGGCGGUCGCAUAAUGGGGGGAUUUACGAGCGAGGGUAAGGGAUUUAAAAUAUUUUUUUGCCAGAGCGAAUCUGGACAGGGCAGAAACUGCGAAAGAGGCAUUAUUUAGUGGUGUCUUAAAAGUUUGCAGGUCUUGUUCAGCUCGAAACAGUCCCUAGGCACUCUUUUACGAUUUGGCUGUGCUAGUUCAGGUGUGUUGAACAAAAAUGGAGUUAAAGUGGUUCAUGAGCGCAUCAGUCGGGCUGCCCUGAAUCUUAUUGAGCCCUCAACUUCUGCCAUAAACGCAUUUGGUAAGCAUUAGACGGAGGCUCACUGUUCGUUAUUCAAUGCACCCAGCCUCAUUCUCCGUUGCCACAUGGCUCAAGUGUUCGUAGGAGAGGAGGAGGAGGAGGAGGAGGAGGCGGAGGAGGAGGAGGAGGAGGAGGAGGAGGAAGCGGAGACGAUACUGAAGGGUCUAUGCUCAUAG